ACGGGAAGUGAAAGUAAACUGACCAUAGUGCGCAUGUGUGUGGAUGUGCUUGGGCUCUCCGGGUAAAGAUGGCGGAACGCGGUUACAGCUUUUCGCUGACAACCUUCAGCCCGUCUGGUAAGCUUGUCCAGAUUGAAUAUGCGUUGGCUGCUGUAGCUGGAGGAGCCCCUUCAGUGGGAAUUAAAGCUGCAAAUGGUGUGGUAUUAGCAACUGAGAAGAAACAGAAGUCCAUUCUGUAUGAUGAGCGAAGUGUACACAAAGUAGAGCCAAUUACCAAGCACAUAGGUUUGGUGUACAGUGGCAUGGGCCCAGAUUACAGAGUGCUUGUGCACAGAGCUCGGAAGCUCGCCCAGCAGUACUACCUUGUCUACCAGGAGCCCAUCCCCACAGCCCAGCUGGUGCAGAGAGUAGCUUCCGUGAUGCAGGAAUACACCCAGUCAGGAGGUGUUCGUCCAUUUGGCGUUUCUUUACUUAUUUGUGGUUGGAAUGAGGGACGGCCAUAUUUAUUUCAGUCAGACCCAUCUGGAGCUUACUUUGCGUGGAAGGCCACAGCAAUGGGAAAGAACUAUGUGAACGGGAAAACUUUCCUUGAGAAAAGAUAUAAUGAAGAUUUGGAGCUUGAAGAUGCCAUUCACACAGCCAUCUUAACCCUAAAGGAGAGCUUUGAAGGGCAAAUGACAGAAGAUAACAUAGAGGUUGGCAUCUGCAACGAAGCUGGCUUCAGGAGGCUCACUCCGACUGAAGUUAAGGACUACUUGGCUGCCAUUGCAUAGUGAUAAAAUGACUGAGUGACCUGAAAUUUCAGAUAAUCUAUCGACUUAAACAUGUUUAAAGUAUGUUUUGUUUUGCAGACUUUUUGCAUACUAAUUUCUACAUGGUUUAAUGGACUGAUGUUUUUAAAAUGACACUUGUAAAUCAUAAUAAACUGUUAAAUGCAA